CCGAUUCUGUGUGUGCCUCGGAGCUGUCUUCUCGGUCUGUGCUUCGAUGCUCUCUUCGUCUCGGAGCUGUCUUCUCGGUCUGUGCUUCGAUGCUCUCUUCGUCAUCAGCGUCCUUUUGGCUGUGCAAAUUAUCGUAUGUCCUACGUGCACGUGCGCAAACAGCAAUUGAUUUCAGGAGGGCAAACUGCAAUUGACUUGACUGUCCAGAUCCAGCGAGUGGUCAUCUUACCUUGAAGUCACGAAAUACGAAGUCCGAGCAAAUCCGUUGACGUCCUCCUCUGGCUGGCAAGAUGGCUAUUGUGCAGGCGAAUGCAGAUAAGGCCAUUGCUGAUCUGAAAGUGGAAGAUGGAGCUGAUGCGGAAGAGGAAGAUUCAUUUGAAUCCCUUGACAGACUGCGCGGGAGCUAGAUUGCUACCCUGGUGGAUUGAUUCAUCAUCAGAAGACCGCUAGGCGAAGUGGCUCAUUGCUGAAGACAUCUGAGUACGGGAUCGUCUCCUUGCUGUAGUUUUUCGGAGCGAGUUAAGCGCGCACGUGAUCAUCGGGAGCUCAUACCGCAUGUACGGCCGAGGGAGGGGUCGUGGUCGUGGAAGGUGGUUCGGGUGCAAUCGAUACUGGAUGGAGCUCCCGAAUGGGAUGCAAACCCCACCAGUCAUCGGGCCGGGCGGCCUCACCUCGCAAACACCUGCACCACAGAUGCAAGUAGUUGCGCCUGCUCAGGGAAUGGUACCGCAUACGGUGGCGCUUCCACAGCUCCCACCUGCGGGAUACUAUCCCCCGCCGCAGUAUGGAUGGCAACCGUCUCCACCACCAAGUUGGAAUUAUAAUCAGCGGCAGCCUAGUGCSAACUCRUUUCCAGGACCUGGACAACGAGCAUGGUUUACGAAGGAACAUCUCGAUCUUAUCGAGAAAUGGAAGACUAGGGACAUGAUCGAAGAAGGCAAGAGGUCAAGCGGUGUAGAAUCCAGCGGUGCAAGCGCGGCGCGCGGCGGGAGCAAGAAGGGGAAGGGGAAGGACACCGAUGACAGCGAGACAAGAAUGAAGGCGUGGAUAGCAAGUACUUUUGGAGAUUCAUUGAAGAAGAUUGCCGACAAGUUAGAAGAAGUAGACAGGAAGACCAGCACCGCUAUUCAAGAUCGUGGGAAGAAGAGGAUGGAGGAAGUGGAAGAGGAGAAACAGGAUGGUGGGAGUAGCAAGAAACGGAAGCGGGAUUUUGCGUCACCAGUCGCUGCGCGAUCGAGAUCUAAAUCUCGAUCAAAAAGUGUUGGUGGUGACAUUAAAGUGCGACCUCUGCGGAUUAAUAUCUCUGAUGACGACAAGGAGAGAAGGGCAGGGGAGAAACAACGUGUUAACACAUUGAUUGAUGAGACACAGGAACAUCAAGUGAAUGUGAAGGAAGGCGCGAAGUUGGACGACAUAAAGAACAUGCUCCAAGCGCUGAUGGGGAAGAGCGAAGCACGCGGAUCCAGUCCCACAAAGAACUGUGGUGGGAAUAAAGGAGGAACCUCCGGUAAGAUGAAGAAGGAUCGCGGUAAGGAGGUGGAAUCGAAGGCACAAGAGGAAAAAUCCGUAAAGGAGAAGGCUCUAAUGGCACAAGAGGAAGUGAUUGAGUACAUGAGGUGUCGCCUGGAUUACUAUAUGACGUUGAAUUAUAAGGAGAUCAAGGCCAUGUGCAAGAAGAGAAAUGCACGCUGUGAACGGAAGGAUAAAGGCGGGUGGGAGCUAGCAAAACAGGACACAGACCAGUUCGUGAAGUUGGUGAACAACACCGGAGAAGAAGAGGAUGAGGUGGAGGAAGGCUCCACAGAAGAGGAAGACGAGGAGGACUGCAACAACGGCGGCGAAGACAAUGAAGAGGAAGUCGGGGAUGUGGUAUGGCUGGCCCUAUCGCGGGGGGUUCUGUACCUGACGGGAAAUGCUCUUCCGAUGUCGGCAAGGCUGCCCUCAGCAGAUGUGCCAAGGCUGGGGCCAUCCUUUGGCUGUGGUGGGGGGUGGAAGCCCCUUGUGAUGUCGGCUGACUCCCUGUUCCCGUAUGUAGUGAUUGCCUUGGGCGUGAAUGCUGGAGACCUCAAGAAGCUUCAGGAGGCAGGAAUUUGUUCAUGCAACGGGAUUUUGAUGCAAACUAAGAAGCAUUUGGUGAACAUCAAGGGCUUAUCUGAGGCGAAAGUGGAAAAGCAACCAGGAUUUAUCACAGGCCAAGAGGCACUCAACAAGAGGAAGAGUGUGGUGCGCAUUACGACAGGAUCACGGACACUGGAUACCCUUUUGGGAGGUGGAAUAGAGACGAUGGCAAUCACGGAAGCUUUUGGAGAGUUCAGGACUGGAAAGACACAGCUAGCACAUACGCUGUGUGUGACGACGCAGAUGCCGCGGAGUGUUGGUGGAGGGAAUGGGAAAGUCGCAUACAUCGACACAGAAGGAACCUUCCGUCCUUCGAGAAUUGUUUCCAUUUCAGAGAGGUUUGGACUCGAUUCAGCAGCAGUGCUGGACAAUAUUAUUGUUGCGCGGGCGUAUACACACGAGCACCAGUAUAAUCUUCUCCUCGGACUUGCUGCGAAGAUGAUGGAGGAGCCAUUCCGUUUAUUGAUCGUCGACUCCAUAACUGCUUUAUUCCGAGUGGACUUUACAGGAAGAGGAGAGCUCGCAGAGCGUCAGCAAAAGCUGGCCGGAAUGUUGUCAAAGCUGACAAAAAUUGCAGAGGAGUUCAACGUGGCAGUGUACAUAACAAAUCAAGUCAUUGCGGAUCCUGGUGGGAUGUGCAUGGGAGACCCGAAGAAGCCGGCUGGUGGCCACGUUCUCGCGCAUGCCUCCACAAUCCGGUUGAUGAUGAAGAAGGGACGGGGAGAACAGCGAAUUUGUAAAAUUUAUGACAGCCCCGACCUUCCUGAGAGCGAAGCAAUAUCCUUUCGAUGUCGUAGAAUCGAACCCAGCUAUACUGUAGCUUCCGGCAGUAGUGGAGUGGAGCUUCCGUGCAGUUACUGUGGAGUUACUUUGGAGUUACGGUGGUGGAAUGUAGGGGAGUGGAACGAGUUUCAUCAUGGAUGACCACCGUCUGCUUCUUCUUCUUGAAUGAAACAUUUUGUCUUUGACUUUUUGUUUUCGUUUUUUCGUUCUCCGUAUCAUUCCUAUUCGAACCGACAUACCAAAGGAUGCAUAGACCCCUCGCCGAUUACUGAUGAGAUUGUCAGUGCUUUCCUAUUACUAGGUCCCUUUCGGGUUAGGCAGGUACUAUGGGUCCUCUGACUUCCAAUAGGUACAUCAAACAAACCAGUUGGAUCUCG